AUGGAGUCCCUUCCUGUAGAGCUGGUGCGGCUCGUGUAUGGAUACUGCGACUCGGAAAGCAUCAAGGCACUGCGGCUUCAGUCCCGGGUUCUUGGGGCCAUCGGACUGGAGUACCUGGUCAACGAGCAUGUCAAUGUUCUCAGCUGGAAGAUGUCGAAGCUGCAUGCCAUCUCGAAACAUGAGCAGCUCAAGAACAGUAUCACAUCCGUCACGCUCAACUUCACUGAGGUCGACGAGUACACGGCCAGGCAUGCUUCUAUCUUCCAACAUUACCUCGAGGAGCCCGCGGAGCGGAACGACCGGCUUGCUCUCUCCUGGGCAAAGUACUACGAGGCCGACAAACGUCGAAAGGUGUCGACCACGUUCGACAGCCGGCCAGAGCUGGUUUUGGAGUCGUUCAGGAACCUCCCAAACUUCACAGACCUCGAGGUCACCUUCACCAAAUGCCCGUUCAAUAUCGAUGUGCUGCAGCAGGUUUUUAACGGGCUGCCGAGCUGCAGGAAAAUGGACCGGGAGCAGGCGGCCAAGAACCUUGCCCUCAUUGCCUCGGCGCUCAAAGAGACGAAUUUGUCCUCGCUCACGAUCGACCGUUUUCCCCUCGAGAUCUUACGGCUGCCGGACGAGAGACGGCGCUGGUUCGACUGCGUCUCGACGUCCUUCUCGCGGCUGUCGUCCCUCCACCUCACGGUCGACCCGUCGGCCUUGAGGCUGCCGGCCCAGCGCUUCAAGGCUAUCAAGGGCCUUGGCAGCAUCCUCCGCUGUGCCACUAACAUCACCAGCCUCAGCCUGACGUUCCACACCUACGGCAUGCCCAAGCAUAAGUUUAUCAUCUGGUUUGACACGCUGCUGGAGGGUUUCACCUUUGAGAAGCUCAGCGACCUCAAGCUGGAAGGCAUCUCGUGCGAUGAAGACGACCUACGUGAUUUCAUCCUCCGGCACGCAUCCACACUCGAACGACUUCGACUCGGCGGACGUGGCCUCGCCAAAGCCUUCGAGGGCGGGCUGGGCGGCAUCCAUCUCUGUCGGGGGACCUUUAGGGGCCUCUUCGCCGGGCUGCGGAACAAGCUGCCCAAGCUGGAGCGUGUCCACCUCGAGGGCGACUUCGAGUGCGUUGGCGUCGAGAGGUCAGCGAACGAGGCCUACAGCUUUCACCGGAUCACCGACGACAACUGGGAGGCUAUGGAGGACGAAUGGCGCCUGCGACGUGCCGCUGCAUCGUCGGGCAGGACGACACGGGACUGUCUCGACUUCGAGCGGUACCUUUUACAGGGAGGAAAAUAUCCGGGGUCGGCUACGGGCUCGCCUGCUGUUGUUGCGCCGGCGCAGUGAUGAAUGCUUUGGAAUGAUAACAUGCUUUGGGAAACGAAAACGAAAAACACAAAAGAGAAAGAAGAAGCAUCCUCGGACCCCCUGUUUUAUAGAAUGGUUUCCUACACUUCUACAUUAGACCUCAGCUCGGGCUACCUAACGACUCAACCUCCUUCGGUGUACAGGAGUAUGUUUACGCGGUCGUCAUUGCAUUGCUUCUUUUCUUUCUUCUGUUUCUUCCGUCCUUUCUUCUUCUUCUUCUUAUGCUUUCUUUUUCGGUUGUUAUAUAGAGAUGCAUGCCAUCAUGGCGCCCAAACCCAGUAUGUAUUUUGAAUGAAUGAUGAUGAGAAC